AUGUCUGAGUCGCGUCCUCUUCUCGACAUUUCCCCUAACGAUUAUCUGAUCAAGCCGGGCGGCCCUGUGGCCCCGACAGGCAUCAUCCCGGAUCGCCGCCUGCCCGAGGGUUCCAAGCGCCCUCUUAUUUUUGAGCCGCUCGAGAUUCCUCGCGGCUCCGGCACUUUCAAGCUGAAGAACCGUGCGAGUGUUGCGCCGAUGUGCAUGUACUCGUCGCGUGAUGGCUUUCCUACGCCGUUCCACCUUGUGCACCACGGCCAGUUUGCUCUGCGUGGUUUCGGCUCGAUCGUGGUCGAGGCCUCAGGUGUCACGCCCGAGGGCCGCAUUUCGCCGCAAGACCUGGGUAUCUGGAAGGAGGAGCACGUCGGUGCCCAUGCCAGCAUUGUUUCCACUGUCAAGACGCUCGCCCCGGAGACCUACUUUGGUAUCCAGCUCGCGCACGCCGGCCGCAAGGCGUCGACGCGCGCGCCGUUUGACUUCCACGAGUACGACAAGCCGUACGCUUCGGAGAGCGAGGGCGGUUUUGAGAACGACGUCGUUGGCCCUUCGGCGCUUGCCUUUGCCGACCAGCAUAUCGUUCCCCAGGAGCUUACCCUCGAGCAGAUCCACCAGAUCGAGGACGCCUUCGUGGAGUCGGCGCAGCGCGCGUUCCGUGCCGGGUACGACUUUAUCGAGGUCCACUCUGCCCACGGCUAUCUGAUCUCGAGCUUCAACUCUCCCCUCUCCAACAAGCGCACAGACGAGUACGGUGGCUCGUUUGAGAACCGCACCCGCCUGCUCCGCACGAUUGUGCAGCGCAUCCGUAAGCAGUUCCCCGACAAGGGUCUCUGGGUCCGCAUCAACGGCACUGACGCUGUUGACCACACUUCGGAGGAGAGCUGGACGCUCGAGUCCACGAAGCAGAUCGCCCCUCUCCUGGAGCAGGACGGUGUCGACGUCCUGGACCUGAGCAGCGGCGGCACGGUGAGCUACAACCGCUUCAAACCCAUGCCUGGAUACCAGCUUCCCCUGGCCCAGGGUAUUAAGUCGCUUGGUCUCAAGCGCAUGCAAAUCAGCUCCGUCGGUGCGCUCCAGGACGGUACCGAGGCGGAGCCGACCAAGUGCGGCCUGUUCGCCGAGAAGGCGCUGCAGGAGCACGGCGCUGACAUUGCUACGCUCGGACGCGGCGUGCUCAAGAACCCUAACUGGGUCGAGCUUGCAGCACUCAACCUCACUGGCGCCGCUGCUCAGAGCGCCGUGCAAUACGAUUACGCCAUCGGCUCUCUCUCGCGCUUCGCGUUCGACGUGGGCAAGGCAUAG